GUGCAGCAUAUGAUACAGCAGUGACCACGGUUGAGAAUGCAGCUGGCUGGAUACAUUCGAUACAUUCGAAGCUGAGCCUGAGCGUUUGAGGAUUAAUCAGCUCACGAGCCGGUAGCAAUGGCAGUGGCUUCAUGGUGUGGGGUGAGCGAGCAGGCCUAUGUCCGGGCGGCGCAAGAGGACGUCUUUCUACGGGGAUUGUGUCUAGACGCCACUCGCUCAUGACGAUUGACGACCAUCCCAAUCACUUUGACACGUGGUUUGAACGACUAGGAACUCUGCGAUGUGUGGAAUUCGUCGUUCUCGCAAACGAAUGAGUGGAAGCUCUGUUGGAUUGUGACAAGUUAUCAUGGUUCUAAGUUGUUCGAAGGUUGCAGAGAAGGGAAUGCAUGGCCCAGCGAAGAGAAUUAAACAAUUCCGGUGAUAAGCUGGGGACCUAGUGAGCUGCCACCUAGAGCAUGAUCAUUAUUGACUCCUUCGUAUCCUUCUCAGUGACCAGACCAUGGGCUCUGUGAGUGCACUUGUGGGUGGUGGGAUCGUCUUUGGGGCGUACGUACAUGUAGCAUAUAAUAUUAGAAAGAAGAGUCAAGCAAAGAAGAACGAUCCAGAACUGAUCUUUCACGCAAACGAUCAACAAGAUGACGCAAGAGUGCGGAAGAUCAAGAAACGUGUGAUCCACGGAAGGCUGAUCUAUGGGAUGUACGACAGGUUCAAUGGCAAACCUGAAAAAGAAUGCGAGGAAUGGUGGACCAGGGUGCACUAUCAUCUGCUCCCGUUGGAGUCAAUAUUGACCAAGGACGAGCUUCAUCUCUAUGCAAAAGAACUGCAGGAUGAGCGUAACAACAAGUACUUCGGUGUCUUCCGACGGAAUAAAGAGAGGCCUUCAGCCGAGGCUCCAGACUGGGUAGUCGCCAUCCGGGGAACUGAGCCAUCGGCUUGGGCGGAUCUCCAAAACGAUUACAAGAUCGUUGUGGAGAAACUGAACUCUUCAAAUUUGAUCACAAUUCUGCACGCUGUGGUCAGGCGUCUCGGUAAGGAACAUGGGUACUGCAACGUGAACGUGACCGGUCAUUCACUCGGGGCCGCAGCGGGCUUGCUGGUCUGUCGAAGGUUGGCACUGGAGGGCUGUCUGGUCGAGGGCCACUUCUUCAAUCCUCCAUUCAAUACUCUGGAAUCGCUGGCGCGCACCUGUGCACAUGCUGUGAAACGCGUUAUGAUCAAGGCAUUUGCGGCCAAGGGUGAAAAACUCUAUGAAGCUGGUAAGCGCUUCGGGAGGAAAGUUCUCAAUGCAGAGCCCGACACCGACAGGAGAAGCAGAGCAUUAGCGGAGUUCAUUACACUGGCCGAAGCCAAUUGGUCUCCGUAUCUCUAUGUGAACAAACAUGACUUCGUCUGCUGUAAGUUUCUCUCACACUUCAGGAAAGCAAUCCACGGAACCGUCGAUGAGGAUCGGACGAAAUGGUAUUCUUCCGUGAACGAGUGUAGCAAGAAGUUUCUGGGAGAGACGGAGUCGUUUCAUCUGUUUCCUUCUGCACAUUUGGUUAUGAUUGAGACACCCCUGCUCCAGCCCAUUUCAGCACACAAGUUGUGGAACUGGAUGGAUCCACAUCUCUCAUAUGAAUUCAUGCAGGCCAAACUUAUCCCAUGGCCUCAUACAUAGAAGGGCAUGGGCCGAAGGCCGAAAAUUGAUUGGACUCUGCCAAGCUAAGAGGACCGCAGCCUCAGCACUCUCCAUGUUACAGUGUUCCCUGCACUACGUUCCCGAUUCUCGACGCAGACGCGACCGGGGCCGAAGCCUCCGAUCAAGUAAUUUCUCAUGAGGGAUUCCACAACCACUUGUGCUUAUAUCAGGAUCUGCUAGGAAAAACAGAAAGAAGUGCGUGAUGUGUAAAUUUCGUGUGUGCAGCGUAGAGGUUUGUCGUAUGGCAUUCUCCAAGGCCUCUAUUAUUCCGAUUCUCCAGUUCCUCGGCGGCAGACAGGAACUUUGAAGCUAUUAAAUUAGAAGGGUACAUUGCCCAAAAGAAUUUCUUUCCAGGGGGAUAAAAGUUGGGUCCAAUUUCGAUCGAGCUAGGUUAUUUACACAGUUGCAUCACGUGUAGUGUGCACUUGAGUUUGUUGAUGUUCUUGACAAAGUCACAUGAAGCUCGAAUUGAAAGUCAAUUUCUCAAACCUUGAAGGUAGUAUGCUGCCAGGGAGUUUUGUAGGAGACUGUACUGAGACUGUAUCACAGUUCCUACUGGUUCAACGGAAGAGUAAUUGGGGAGAUAAUUACGGAUAGGAAUUCGGAGAGGCAUGGAACGAAGACCAGAUCACAAGCAUAGACGAUAACAUCUUCUGCAGCACCAACCAAAGGCCAUCAGAGACUAUAGAGGACCCCACCAACAGCCCAAAGUACAUAGAUUCUCUCUCUCUCUCUCUCUCUCUCCUGAAACAUGGCUACCUAAACUCUAUUGUAAACGCUACGUUUUCUUGUAAAGGUUUAAGUUCCGAA